GUUUUUUAGUAACAGCAUGCACUUUAUUAGAGGGAAAGCGAUGUUUGGCAUUUUUAAGAUUGGCUCACAUUGUUGCUCCUUUAAUUGUUUUUUAUAUAAGUCAUGGUUUGAGUGCUGGUACUUCUGGUUUAAAUGGUGUUGGCUAUAUGUUAGGUGUAAUUAUUAGAUUGUUGAGGUUAUGUUCAUUUCCUACACCUAUUCAACUUUUUUCUGAAGUAAAAUUGAUUAUACAAAGAUCUGGUUUAGUUAUUUAUAUGUUAUUUUGGAUGUUGUAUUUAUUUUUCGGUGGGGUGAUUCCUUUAACAUUGUGUGAUCAUUUAUUGAUUCGGAAAGAAUGGUAUAAAAGAUUUGGUGUUGGAUUUAAAUAUUUAUAUUUUUUAGUUUUUAAAAUAUUUGAUGCUUUUUGGGAUUUUUUGAUGUUGUAG